AUGGAAACAACAGGACCAAUUCCUAAUCAUAAAUCAAUUAACUUAAUUCUUAAAAGAGCUGAAGAAACACGUACUAGAAAAUUAAAAACAAAACAACAUAGAAAAGUUUUAUAUCCAAUUCAAUUAAUAUGGAGAGGAUUAUAUUUUAUAAAUACUUAUUCUUAUUUCAGAAUUUUUAUAACAGAAUUAAUUGGUACUUUCUUACUUAAUUUUGUUGCUGAUGGAAUUUAUACUAAUCUCUUUAAAAAUGAAACAAACCUUUCUAGAGAAGCUCUUUUAGUUUGGCUUAUUGCAGAAACGAUAGCUGUAACAUUUGUUUUAUAUGUAGAUUUAUUAAUCUUUGCAGAGUAUUUCUCUCCUUCUUUUAAUCCUACCAUUUCUUUCAUCUAUUUCUUUUUAGGAAUUAUUAAUUUUUUUGAAUUUAUAUGGAGUGUUAUUGUUCAAUUUCUUGCUGCAUUUCUUCAAGUGAUGUUUAUUUAUUAUCUUUAUGAUAUUGACCAUUUCUUGAAAAUACCAACUGAUACUACUUGUGCAUUUAGGGACUUAAUUUCUGAAGCUAUCGGUACUUUCUUUCUUAAUCUUACUGUUAUGGUUUGUAUUCAUAAAACAAUUAAACCUUCUGGUCCUGUUUCUUUUAUUGUAGGUGGAAUGGUAUUGACACUACCAUCUGGUAUGGUAGCUAAUCCUUCAAUUACAUUUGGACGUAUGUUUUUUGGUGUUGCUUUGGGAUUAUCUCCUUGGAGUGUAAUAUUUUUUAUUAUAGCGCAAUUUGUUGGAACAUUCGUGGCUAUUAUUGUUAGUGGGUUUAUUAUGUUUCCUUGUAUAACAGAUCCUUAUAGACAUCGAAGAAUAAAUGAAUUAACUAAACGAUUAGAAGGUAUUAAACUUGAGUCAUCUGAAGAAGAGUUUUCAGAAGAUAAUAUUCCAGAACAAAUUUAUAUUUAA